CUCGGGGACUGAACGCUAUGAAGGCUACAAAGAAGUAGUCUAGAUGCACACGUCGUCAAAGGUAACGAGUUGCCAGUGAGGAUCGCUAGAGGUAAGGUGCAUUCACACCAGAUCGACGCGUGCACCGCAGUGUGUGGGUAAAUCCACACUCCUCCAUUUCCCUGGGUGUUUGUGUGUGCGAACGCAUGCACUCGUUCUUAAAAUGUUCAUUUGCACAUGCGUGCUUGUGUGUCUACGAAGAACUGCUCAGAAAUAAUCACGCCCAGUUCGCAUGGGGUUUGUAGCGCGAACAACCGCGCUCUCCUCGACCGCCCAAUGUGUAUGGCAUCUUUCUUCGUACAGAUUGGUCACAGAUGCUGGUUUUGCAAAGAUGCCCUGGUGGAGGUGAAUUCUACAGAAACCGGAUAUCCAAAGACACUUCACGAGCAUCCAGCAAAGCGAGAAAAGGCUUCAAAGGCAGUUUUCUGGACCGAGCGUCGUCCUUUAAACGAAGGUUCCUCGCUUCCUGUGGAGAGAGAAACGGUGAAAAUGUGUCCAGGGAUUCGCAGCAAAAAACUCGUCCAUUUCGGGGGCACUGCCUUUCCUGAAAUAAAAAACGGAGUUCUUGAGUCCGUGUCAUCUCGCCUGACCAAUUUUUCGUCUGAAGUUCUCGCGAAGAAAAUCUAUGCAAGUUUGGAAACAGUCUCCGUGCUCUUUGAUUUCGAGAUGUGUAGCCAGUGACGCUUCUUCCCCAGAGAGCGAAAGCCGCGAAUGCAGAAGAGCUAUGUGUCUUCACACACUCACAUCGAAUCCCUCUCCAAACACGGAUGCACAUGCAUACACAAACCGGCCUCUGUGGACUCGACGUGAAGACGGCAAAGUGCUGACGCGGGAAACAGCGGCUCGUCGUAUGGCCAUCACAACCCCAUUUGUGGGUGAGGCGGUGAACGCAAAUCACGCGCAAGAAAGAAGCGUUCGCUGCCCAGUAAAUCGGAUGAGGACAUGACAGAAGACUGUAGGAGGCACGUCUACGUGCUCUGAUACUUGGGCGACGAACAGCGACACCCUCGAAAAGUGACAUACUCAUUGCACGGAGACAUGCACUUAUGGAACACCAUGUACAGGCACAGUAAGUAUAUAUAUAUAUAUAUAUAUAUGUAUAUACAUCGGCGGUAAAGUAAGAAGACAUAGAUUCACUUGCAAGUACCGGUAAAAUCUGUGCAUUGAGAAAGGCAUUUGGAUGCACAACAGUGAACACAGACGGUGCCAGCUGCAAAGAUGGACAUUCUGAUCCUUGUGCUGGCGUAUCAUCGCCUGUAUCCCUCUCCGGUUUUGAAAUGUGGCAGGGAAAUAUCCUUCGCACAAACCCCCGCUGCGACGCGGCUGUCGCCUUCGAAGUUCAGGGAACUAAAGACCGCCGAAUAUGUUUUCGCGCAAGUUGAACCUUUCAGUGCUUUCGAGUCCUGAGGAAGGCGCCCAUUUCGGCAGCCAUCAACCUCUCGAGAACGAGCUGCUGGAUGUCGUAACCCCAGCAACUCCGUGACACGGAACCGGACAUUCGCGCAGUGGUUCAUCGGUAAAUUGCAUUCGCAAACGCUGCUGAAUCCCUACCGAGCUAACAGUUUUACGGACGACAGCUUUCACGCGCAAGCUGCCGGGUUACCUCUCACGUAUUCUGCCAGCUGAAUCAGAAGGCGCGGCAAAGCUACAAAGUUAGUUCGCCCGUCAGAAACGCCAGCGCGUCUUUUUCUAGCCGCCGACUCCCUUUGUCGGAAACCCAUUCACACCAACUACCCCCGUCUCUAGGGUCGGCAAAAGCUCCCGUUCUCUGUCGAUAGCCUCUCCACGUGAAACUAUCUAAAAAGUCCGUCAGUUGAAAGGACAACUACGCCAUAGCUAAAUCCGUCAUCGAUCUGAAGUCGCAAAAAAAAGCACCCCGCCACGCAGGCCAAUGCUGAGAGCCGGAAUCAUCCGUUGUUUCACAGACGCGCCACGGGACCAUCCAAAUCGAAGAGUCGAACGAUUCGAGAGAGUCUGCGUUGUUUGAGAAGUCAUUCCCCUGCGCUGCAGCGAUCUGGAGAAAAGAUGGCCGGUGAAAAGCCUCGCUAUUUUAGAGAGUUGCGCCGGCUCUGCUUUCCCCGCUGUGGUUUUUCCGUUCACACCCAAUAUACGCCGGCGGGACUCGCGCGCGGUAGGGCCAUGCAAGGGCGAUUUUUCUCACGGCAACCACCGCAGAGGUUCGUUUCUCUUUCGUUGGAUUUCUUUUUGUGGCGUUCUCGAGAGAGGAGACGACGCAGCCUGCGGGGCUCAGCUUUUUUCUUUAACGGUUUGGGCUGUCUCUGUCUCGUCUGCUCCCCGACUAAAAAUGGGUAUCGAUCUUGAGCGCAACGGCCGCAAGAAGAAGGGCGGUCGCCGGACUGUCAAGUCCCAGAACCCGUACCUUCGUCUUCUUGUGAAGCUCUACCAGUUUCUGGCGCGUCGCACCAACAGUCGCUUCAACGCCGUGGUGCUCAAGCGCCUCAUGAACCCCAAGAGGCUGAAGGCUCCGAUGUCCCUCUCGAAGCUCGCGCGCCACAUGAAGGGCAAGGAGGAUCACAUUGCGGUGCUCGUCGGCUCUGUCACUGAUGACAUCCGCAUGGUCCACGCCCCGAAGUUGACGGUCUGCGCUCUGCGUUUCUCGGAGACUGCGCGUCGUCGCUUGGAGAAGGCGGGAGGCGAGUGCCUCACCUUCGAUCAACUCGCUCUGCGACGUCCCAAGGGUUCCAAGUGUGUCCUUCUCCGCGCCGCCACCAAGAGCCGCGAGGCUGACAAGCAUUUCGGCGCUGCCCCUGGUACUCCGGGCUCCAAGGCCCGCCCGUAUGUGCGCUCGACUGGUCGCAAGUUCGAGAAGGCGCGUGGACGCAGAAAGUCCCGAGGCUACAAGAACUAAGUCUCUGUGUUAACUCUGCGAACGUCCUGUCGCUGGCGUAGGAGACAAUCCGUAAUUUCGUUGCCUGUUC